AUGGGCUUCUUCUAUGAAUGGAUGCGCGAGACGUACAUUCGUCUGGCAAUGUUCAACUACAAGGAGCCUGCAAGGCGCGUCACACUGCUGCCGCGGUAUCCUCUCGGGGAAGCGUGCGACAUUUUGACCGAGGCAUAUGACGACGAUUCCCUUGUCGAGGCCGUGUUCAAAGUUGCCAACAUGUUCUACAACCAUACGGGUGACCUCGUCUGCUUCAAUAUACUACACUAUUUUAAAGAAAACCCCGUUUGGAAUUUUCAGAUGUGCACAGAGCUGGUGACUACGCAGUGCAGCAAUGGAGAUGCCGACAUGCUCUACGUUCGCCAGUGGAACCUCAAGAAAAUACGCGAAAACUGUGAGAAGCUGUAUAAAGUCAAGCCGCAGCCGAGAAAGCUGUAUACCGAGUACGGCACCCGUUUCUGGAACUCUUCCAACAUAAUAUUCAGCAAUGGAGAGUUUGACCCGUGGACUUCCUUAGGAUACCUUUCGCCCAAGACGGAGACCGUGAUCCCCAUCCUGAUUGGCGAAUCGGCUCACCAAGAAGACCUCGCCUUUGGGGCGCCUGCGGACCGCCACGACUUGACUCGUGCCCGGGAGCAAGAGAGGAGGCACGUCCGGAAGUGGAUCGAGGAAGCGGAAAGGAAGGAAGACACUACCCUCAUCUUCGAUCCCGAAUUGAACAAACUUGACAGAGAUGAGUUCUAA